UAUUGCUAAUUGUAUCGUCGUAUCAAUAAUUAAUCAUAACGACGAAACUUAUAAGAAAUUUACAAGAUAAACAGAAUGACACGUAUCACCUUGCCUUAAUUAAGAUUAAAAUAUUUUCCAAUUAGAUGCCGAUUCGUACUUAACCAUUACCAUGAAAAAGAAUUACGUUUUUUAUUUGUUUUUUAUUUUGUUAAUAUUAUUGCCGUGCUCGAAACAGGAUUACACCUACAUCGACAAGGUCAAAUAUGAGCCCAGCGAAAUUCCCGAGCAUAAGCUCAGUAUGGUGAGCGAAAUGGGUGACACGGACCACAUGAACGAACUACUGGAUAACAUAUUGAUACCCAGAGUGGUUGGCACCGCGGGACACAAGAAAGUCAAGAAAUAUAUUAUCAAAACAAUGCGAGACCUUAAAUGGCACGUCGAAACCGAUGCUUUCGAAGAUAAAACGCCCAAUUUGGGAACGUUAAAGUUUGAGAACAUUAUCGCUUCGCUAAAUCCGAAUGCUGACCGCUUUCUCAUAUUGGCAUGCCAUUACGAUAGCAAGUAUUUUAAGGAUCAGGAGUUCUUGGGUGCAACCGAUUCAGCUGUUCCAUGCGCAAUGUUAAUCAAUUUGGCCGUUGUUCUGGACGAGUAUCUUAACCAAAUCCGUAGCAACAAUGACAUUAGCAUCAAACUUCUAUUUUUCGACGGUGAAGAAGCAUUCCUAUACUGGAAUCCCCAGGACUCCAUUUAUGGAGCACGUCACUUAGCACAAAAGUGGGAAAACGAAGGAUUCCUCAAGAAGAUUGACAUGCUGGUCUUGCUGGAUCUAUUAGGCACACCGGAUCCCAAUUUUGUGAACUUUUUCCGAAACACCCAGGAUUGGUACGUUCAUUUGCACAAUGCUGAAAAGCGGCUGGCCCAGAUGGGUUUUAUGGAACGAUAUUCGACCAGCAGCGUAGUGUCCCGUACGCCGAAUACCUACUUCCAACUGAGCAGCGUCAAUUCGUUUGUGGAAGACGAUCACAUUCCAUUUCUGGAGCGAGGAGUGCCAAUUGUCCAUCUAAUCCCGUCUCCAUUUCCAACCGUUUGGCACCAAAUAACCGACGACCGUAAGGCCAUCGACAUGUUUACGAUCGAGAAUUUGAAUAAGAUAAUGCGAGUGUUCGUGAUUGAGUAUCUGCACUUGGUGAUAUGACCGUACUUUGUUAUCGUAUAUAAAUGAAUGAGUUAGGACAAUGAAACAGACUAAGUCGUACCAUGAAAAUAGGUAAAUUAUACAAGAGACAACACUUUAUUGUAAAUAUAUUUGUCCCAACCUA